AACAAAUGAUACUUUUGGCUUCCCUUUUCCUGUUUCCGGUGUCACGUUUCAGUGCCAUAGAGUAUACGUAAAGGCGAACUUGAUCUGGAAGUGACAGUUUUUCAAUUCUUGUGUUGCUUUAUGAAAUAUAACCCCGUAAUUCCUUCGAACAUAAUCUCAAAGUCUUUAAAUCAACGUAACAUAUUGCGCAACAGACCAUCCAUAUAUUUCCUAUAUAUAUACUACUAGUAGUAUGUUAUUAUAUGUAUAUAUUGCAAACAACAUAAUAUUGCCGCAUUUUAACGGAGCUGAGGUUGAAUGUGAAGGAAAAACCAUGAGAAUGGAAGAACAACAAUUACAACGCAAGACGGCUCCCGAAAUUCCGCCUGCAGGUUAUCCAACCCAAAGCACCCCGCCCGGAAUGGAGAAGAUGGAUUAUAAUUUACUAGGCGGAAGCAAGGCAAAAGGCGAUCGUCAAUGUACAAAGUGUUGCUGUUGUCAUGUAGAUAGCUUUUUGAAUUGGAUUGGAUGUGGCUGCAUGAGCGGCAGCAAACCACCGACUAGAUGAAAGAAAGGUGAGGUUGGUGCACGGCCGGCCGGCAUACUCGCCGAUCAUCUCUACUAGCUGGUGGCCGGAUAUAUAUAAUGGCCGGCCAUUUUAUAAUUUCUGAAUUCAAUCGUACUUGAUCUGCUCUGAUCUUAACUUUUACCUAAGUAUGAUUUAUACUUAUAUAAUUAAAGGGUGGAUUCUAUGGUACCCAUAAGUACCAUACCUUUGUCCACAUGGAUCAAUGAGAAUGUAGCAGUUGAAUUAUUUAAAUCUAAAUUAAAA